AUGGACAGUAUCAACAUCGAAGUACUCUCUGUUGUGGCCCAGCAAAUCCUUUCAAUCCUAUCUUCCCUUGAUAGUCUGGCUUAUAACUCGACUGGCAAUGAGCGUAGCAGAUUCAUGUUUGAGGGUCGGAUGAUCCAACUGGUCUGGUCCUGCGGAAUCUUCAUCACUAUGAAUCCGGGGUAUGCUGGAAGAACAGAGCUACCAGACAACCUGAAAUCGAUGUUCCGGCCAAUCUCUAUGGUGGUGCCAGACUCGACGAUGAUAGCUGAGAUCACUUUGUUUGCCGAAGGCUUUAGUGGAAAUAAAACACUUGCAAAGAAGGUGUUUACUUUGUACAGUCUAUCCGUACAGCAGUUGAGCAAGCAGGAUCACUACGAUUUCGGCUUGCGAGCACUAGUGUCCGUCCUGCGUUACGCCGGCUGCAAAAAACGAGCUAAUCCAAACAUGCCAGAUGAAGAAAUCCUUCUUCUCUCAAUGAAUGACAUGAAUUUGGCCAAACUAGCCGCUGUGGAUCUGCCUCUUUUCAAGGGGAUCAUGGCCGACUUGUUUCCAGGCCUUGAAGUACCACAGAUAGAUUACACUAUGAUGAAGCAGGUGGUGGAGGAAUGCUGCAAAGAUUGUAAUCUUCAGCCAGCCAAUUUCACAGUAACCAAAGUUAUUCAGCUAUACGAGACGAAGAGCUCGCGCCACUCGGUAAUGAUUGUCGGCCAGACAUUGUCAGGCAAAUCUACUACUUGGCGCCUCUUACAAAUGGCCUACAAUAAACUGGCGAAAGCUGGAGAACCAGGCUUUGAGCGUGUAACCGAGUAUCCUCUCAAUCCUAAAGCCGUAUCACUGGGUGAGCUCUACGGUGAAUUCGACUUGGCAGCUGGAGAGUGGUCAGAUGGAGUGCUAUCGUCGCUAAUGAGAAUGACUUGUGCAGAUGACAAGCUAGAGCAGAAGUGGAUAAUUUUUGAUGGACCUGUGGACACGCUCUGGAUAGAGAGCAUGAACAGCGUAAUGGAUGACAACAAAGUACUCACACUCAUCAAUGGAGAACGUAUAUCUUUGGUAGAACAGGUGAUUCGUUUGCAAUAA